ACUGGGGAGGAGUCUAUGAGAUGAGGGUUCUAAACUUGUACUGGGGAGGAGUCUAUGAGAUGAGGGUUCUAAACUUGUACUGGUUUUCUUUGAGGAACCCCUAUGAGGGCGAGGGGCGUGAUGAGGCCUGCAGGUGAGAACUCCCGCCCGCCUAUCAACACAAUCAACCAAUCAAACACCAGCAGUGACUCAGCCAGCCAAUCAUGUAAUCAGUAGACAAACACUCACGUAGGAUGCCCUGAUUGGCCAUUGGUUUUGUCAUCCAAUUAAGCAUGAACAUAUUUAAUUGUUGACUUGACACACUCACUCCUUGUCAUUCUGCCUUACACAAGGAGCAUCACUUGUGCACAUUCACUCUGUUAUUACUUCACUAAUGCACACACAAUCGUAAGCUGCAAAGUUAACUCAAACACACACACACAUGCUAAGUAAUCGAUUUCUUAGUGUCACAUGAAAAUAUGAUUUUCAGCCAUUGGCAUUUGACUGCAUUGUAGCUUUGCAUCGUAAAGAACCAUCAUUGUUAUAUAUUCAUAGUGCAUUUGUUGUUUAUUGUGUGAUGUUUGUUUGUUUGAGAUGUGUGUGUGUGUGUGUGUGUGUGUGUGUGUGUGUGUGUGUGUGUGUAUGAGUGAGCAGACCCCUGGACUGCACCGGGUUUGUCCACGAUGGUGAAAGUGUUUGUGGGUAACGUGAGCACCUCCACUACGGAGGAGGAGCUGCGAGAGCUCUUUGAGAAGUACGGCGCCGUGAUCGACUGCGACAUCAUCUCCAACUACGGCUUCGUGCACAUGAGCGAGGAGGAGGACGCCAAGAAGGCCGUGGCUGCGCUCAACAAGCACAAGCUGCACGGCUUCAGCAUGACUGUGCAGUUCGCCACCACCAGGGUGCGCAACGCCACCAAGAUCCACGUGGGCAACCUGCCCGAGGGAGUCACGGCGCUGAAGAUCCGCGAGCUCUUCCAGGAGUUCGGAAAGGUUCUGGAGUGCGACGUGCUGAAGAAGUACGCGUUCGUGCACAUGCAGCGGCACAAGGAGGCCGCAGAGGCCAUCGAGAAGCUCAACCACUCGCGCCUGGAGGGGCAGACCAUCUUCGUGUCGCUGUCCCACACCAACCCGGGCAAGAGGGCCCCUGACCAGUUCCCAGAGCACCACUACCCGCCCGGCCCCCCUCGGCCGUACCCACCUCCCGGCGACCCGAUGCGGCCCUACCCACCUCUGCGUAAUCGGCCCCUAAACCACCCCCUGCCCCCCCCGCCUGGGCGCCUGCGCCCCCCUCCCCUGCCCCCGCCGCACCCCAUGCGCAUGCGGCCGCCGCGCUCCGUCUACGACGACCCAUACGACUACCACGCUCCUCCCCCGCCUCCGCCCCCCUCCCUCUACGAGCGUCCCCCCGCGCCGAGCCGCCAUGAGCCCGUACGAGUCGCCCCUCGAGCGCCGCCUGCUGCCCCCUCCCCCGCCUCCGCACCUGUACCGGGACCGCAGCCCCCUCCGGCCCAUGCCCGGCCCGCCCAUGCUGUCCGCACGCCACCCCGCUCGCCCGCGGCCGCCCUGUGCCACCGCCGCCUCCGCCCCCCCUAGCCAGGUCGGGCCCGCCCUAUCAGCGCUACGCCAGCGCCGCUCGCUUCCAUCAGGAUGAAUACUAUCGCUAACGACAGCCUCACCCGUCUGCCGCCAUUAGGAGUGUUUACAUCUCAAAUGAUGUUUGCUGCCUGUGAACCACAGAACAUGUGGUCGAUGGUCCUGUCCGUUCUUGCUGCAGUGAAACAAAGUUUCUUUUGAAUUUGUCAGUAAUAUCACAAAAGAAAGACGGUUAACAACUAAAUCAAUUAACUCAUUUCGCUUUUCACCUGCGUAUUUUACGGGUAAGCACUGUAUCAGUACAGUACAGUAUGUAACGCAGAGCCUGUCUGUUAUCAGUGGGCACCGCCAGCUUCAGCUUGUCUCUGUUUUUGUCCUGAUUGCACCUGAUUCCUUGACGAUUACAACGUCUUGGGGCUAAUAGUAACCGUUAAAUUAUAUAAUAUAACACAUUUUGUUUGUCUGUUAACUCACUUUGAAAAAGACAAAAUAUCAUUUUUUGUGUUUUUCCGCCAUUGUGUCUCUGAGUGCCCCAAAUAAAACAACAGUUUAAUAGCC